CGCCGGAAGUCAACAGUAGCCGCUAGUGUUGUUGUCGUUGUACUGACUCAGAAAUACACACACAUACCUCUAAACACACACAAAUAAAGACAAAUAAUGGGGAAAAAACACAAGAAACACAAACCCGAAUGGAGAACGGUUGAAGGAGAUUAUGUGGACAAGCCUUUAGAGAAGUCCCUGAAGCUGGUGCUCAAGGUGGGCGGCAGUGAAGUGACCGAGCUGUCGGGCUCCGGACAUGACUCCAGUUACUUUGACGACCGCUCAGACCACGAGUGGGAGCGCCACAAAGAAAAGAAAAAGAAGAAGAAGAAGAAAUCGGAGAAAGAAAAGUACUUGGAUGAUGAUGAGAGGAGGAGGAGGAAGGAGGAAAAAAGGAAGAAACGUGAGCGCGAGCAGUCAGAGAACGCUGCUAAUGUGCCAGUGGAGCCUUUCACCCUGGCCAAGCCUGUGGAGGUGGUUGUAGAGGACAGGAAGAGGAAAAGGGAGAAAUUUGAAUCUGAACCAGAGGCCGAUGAGUUUAUCCCUGAAGUGAAAGUGAAAUUGGAAGUGGAUCAACAGGGGUAUCGGCCCGUACGAGCCUGUCGAACUCAACAAGACAAUGAAUCCACUCCUUGCCAGCAGAUCUUGGAUCAUUUCCUGUGUCUGCUGCAGAGGAAAGAUCAACAUGGAUUCUUCGCCUUCCCUGUAACAGACACCAUCGCUCCGGGCUACUUCACUAUUAUCAAACAUCCCAUGGACUUCAGCAAAAUGAAGGACAAAAUCACAGGAAACGAAUACAAAACAAUCACAGAAUUCAAGGCAGACUUCAAGCUGAUGUGUGAUAACGCCAUGAUUUAUAACCGACCAGAGACGGUUUACUACAAGGCUGCAAAGAAACUCCUCCACACAGGCUUCAAAAUGAUGAGCAAAGAGCGGCUGUUAGCUUUGAAGCGCAGCAUGUCUUUCAUGCAGGACAUGGAUUUCUCUCAGCAGGCUGCCAUACUGGGAGACGACGAAAUUGCUCCUGAGGAACCUGUGCCUGAGACCAUUCCCAUCCACACCGAAUAUCCCAAAAAAUCCAAAAAACAGCCCGCCAAAGAGCCUAUAAUCAGUGAUCUAUAUGAACUGGAGGGUAACGCUUGCAGUUUGACGGACAGCACGGCGGAGGAGCACGUGUUGGCACUUGUGGAACAUGCAGCGGAUGAAGCGCAGGAUCGAAUCAACCGGUUGAUGCCAAACUCUAAGAUUGGCUACCUUAAAAAGGACCCAGAAGGUUCGCUGAUAUACACUGUGGUGAAUCAGGAUCCUGAAACAGAGGAGGUAGAGACUCAUGCUGUGGAUUUGAGCUCUUUGGCAAAUAAGCUGAUACCUGGACUCACAUCAUUGGGCUUUAAAGACGACCAAAGACACAAAGUGACGUUCUUGAGCAGUGCGUACAACACUCAAACCCUUCAGAACAACUCAAUUUAUCCUGACCUGAUGCCAGAGGAGAUGGGCACACUGUACUCCGCUUAUGGAGAUGAGACCGGCGUCCAGUGCGCACUCAGUCUGCAGGAGUUUGUGAAGGGUUGUGGGAGUUUCACCAGGAGACUCGUUGAUGAAUUGCUGGAUAAAAUGACCGCUGGUGAUCACUCAAAGGCAGUCACACAAAUCAGACAGAAAAGGAACCUGCCGACGGAUGAUGCCAAGUCUGGUUUAUGUGACAUGCCGGGAGCACAUGGAAGUGCUUUAGAAGCUGGAUCUGUGCUGGAUUUCAUGUCCAUGAAGAGCUACCCAGACAUGUCUUUAGAUCUGCUCAACACGUUAGGAAAAUGUGUGAAGAAGGAGCCGGAUCAUGACGACGGCCAACAGCACUUUGACGACACAGCCAAACUUCUGCAGGAGUUCCAGGAUGCAGCGGUGGACCGGGUCGGAUCCAGACCGUCCUCCAAUCUCUCAUCCCUGUCAAACUCUUCAGAGAGAGACCAGCACCAUUUAGGAAGUCCAGCUCAUCUCGGGGUUGGACAAGACAUGGUUCAGGACCCGUAUGAGUUCCUGCAGUCUCCAGAGCCUGGAUCCACCGCCAACAGCUGAUGAUGUGAAGAUCAGCUGACUUCUGUGCUGUAUAAAGUGCUGUUAGAUGGGUUUAUUGCAUCACGUGUUGUUUGUGAUUUGUUUUCUUUUUAAUAAAAGCUCUCUGUCUGG